AUGCGGCAACGCUUUGUCUAUCUUCUGCUCAAGCGAGCUGAACGCAUUGAUACCACAUUCUCCAUUGAUGAAUGCCCGCGCCAGUGCUAUGAGCAGGUAGCGACGCUUGUCCAUGUGGCCGGCAAUGCUCACACACUCGACGGCGACUUGGCUGGUCGACUCGUAUUCCGACUGGCUCGGAUGCACGCGUUGGGCGCACUUCUACCCAUUUUAAAUACAUAUGUGACUCGCUCAGACACGCCCGUGGAUCCAAUCUCAGCUGGACAACCUCUAGCCGCUGUGUUAGAUGAAUCUCUUACAUGGUUCUCAAAGACUGCGCCAGACGAUCCCACCAAACAGACUGCUUUGGCACUCGGCAUCGAGGCUCUCCGGCUCGCUUUUUUGCGCAAUUGGCCCAUCAAACAUACCCUUGUGCAGCGCUGGCUUUCAUGUGCAGGCCCAUCCCUCACAAAAACAUGCUUGAACGCGCCAACCUCGCCCAAACUGCCGCCACAAAUAACAGUGUCUAUGCAGGGUGCAAAUGACAUUGACGGUAUUCUUCGUGACGCUUGCGCGCAUAGACCUCAAUACAUGCAUGAACGUGCGGUGGUAGUCUUGUCGAAACUUGGUGAUCCGCGCCCCGCCAUCGACCUCCUUCUUUCGUCCUCGACAUGCCAUUCAAGUCUUGCGCCUCUGCCUUUUGACGCAUAUGCCGCUAUCAUUUCUGCCUUGACAUGGAUGGUUCGCUCAAACAUAUCGCGACAAGCCGCAAUGACUCUGGCUGUUUAUGUGCUUGAUAGGCUUUUGCAGGCUGGAUUGCGUGCCGACGAGCAAAUGUAUGGCGAACUCAUACGUGCUCUUCAAUGCAUGCUUGUUCCAACCAGUUCAAGAACCUCCGAAGUAGGAUCUGCAUGGCUGAAAGAGUAUCAAGCGAAGCUUCACCACAUCGAAUGGCAUGCCUACCUGGCCCACUUUACCACUCAGAUGCUUGCUCGAGAUGAUGUGGGCGUCAUCCGCAUCGACCAUCUGCGUCUUCUUCUUCGCAUGCAUAUCCAAAGUCGUCAGUUCAGAAUGAGCCGGUGGCUAUAUGAGCAAAUACGCGACGCCUAUCCAGACGCACUUCCUUGCUCCAUACCAACGAUGUUCUCCUGGCUUUUUCUACGUGCGUAUUCACGGCCUAGCAGUCUUUCAUUUGCUAUGCGCAUGUAUCAAGACUGGCUUGCAUUCGGUCAUGCAUUGCCGUGCGCUCAGAUUGAGCCAUAUCUUUGCGCGCUACUUUCCCAUGGGAUGGCCUCGAUGGCACAGCGCGUGAUUCACGACCAAUGUCAACUCGGACGCCUGCCGCGUCCGACAUUGACAGUGCUUGUCGUGCGUGCUUACUUUGUUUGCGGCUAUUUUGAUGCGGCGCUUGCAUGGGCAUCCGAUCUGCUUGCCCUACCUGACACGACCACCCCUGUGACGGACUCUGCUCAUCCAGCAAUUCCGUCAUUGGAAUACUACGCCAUCUGCCUGUCUGAGGCAGGUCGUUGUGAUCAGUAUGGUAUGGAUCAGCAUGCACUCCUGAAGCUGCAUCGGCUCUUUGAAGAGUUUCAGCUUGGUCUAGCACAUGCUAUGACUUCUGAUCAGGUCUGCCUUCACACCGUGACUCGUGCGUACUAUGGCAUGAUCCAGGUGCUGCUGAAAGCACUUGAAGGAGAAACGGAAACAUCUACCCUGCAUGACCGGACCACACACUCCAACACGACGGAUCAAAGCCAUGCGAUUUACAAGCGCAUCGAAAUGCUAUGGCAUGAAUGGGACGAUCUGUUCGGCACGUUGUCCGACGGACAUUCUGCUUUAGCGCUACGUGAUGAUAUGAAAACACUCUUAACAAAAAUGGAAAAGUUUGUGCCACGCCCAUCAGCCGCGCAAAUCGAUCAAGAGCGAAAAGGCGGUUAG